AUGCUGAGCAUCCCAAAAUAUGCAAACCACAAAGAAAACCCACGACCGCAGAAGAACCGAGCCAUGAAAUCCAACGUGAGCGACUUGCCGUCGCUGACAGACUUUUAUACCGCCAUGACACAAUCGGUCUCGACCGGAAACGGCUCCAAGUCCAUAGGACCAGAGGAAAUGUUUGAGUUGGUUUCAGGAAACUACGACAAUUGGCAACAAGUGAUUUCCAAAAGGUUUGAAGAAGUCGAAGACGACGACGACGACAACUUCUCGCCCUUCCCGAGAGAGGAGAUGCUGUUGGGGAAGCCCUUUCGAAUAAACGAAAUGUCAGAGGCGCUAAAGGAAUCCCAUGCCAAAAAAAUGACACUGCUGGAGAUGAAGAAAGACGGCGCUAAUCGCUCUUCUGCGUCGAUUAGGGCGACUUCAAAAUCAACACCCAAAGGACCACGGCCCAGUGUCUUGCUGCAUGCGCUCUUGAACACAGCAGAGAUUGACUUUUUGAGAAACAAGAUUACCCAAAUGAUUCAAGGCAGCGGGUCAGGGUCAACUAGCAGCCCUGACGAUUCCCGAUUUUAUGACGCUAGAAACGACAACGACGGCGGAGGAGGAGGAGGAUAUGGAAGCAACGAAGAGAUGGACGCGUGUUCAUGCUGCGGAAGCGACCAUAACUAUUUUGAUCAAGAUGAUUACGAUUUGAGCGAGGUGAAUGGCGAAGAAGACUACGCGUAUAAGAUCCCUUCCACGCGGCAUAUUGAAGUUGAGUUGAAUACAGCGCCCCCGUGUCCCAAGCAUCCCAAAGUCGACUGCGACUGCCCCAUAUUUAACACGUCAAAGAUUGUUGGAGACGGCAGAGAUGGCGAGGGCCCCUCCUGCGAGUUUACAUUUGAAUACGACCGUUGGGGAAAGCUAAUAUCUACUUCGGACAAUAUCGAGGAGAAAUUGAGACGGAUGCAACUAGAGGCAAGAAAACCAGUGGCUAGUCGACACUCGAGCAAUAAGCGGCUGGGGGACUCGUUGCGGUUGCGGAGUGCCAGAGGAGCCGCAAAGGACUCAAAGAUACGAGAUUCAAGUGCAACCAAAGCGGCACCCGUGAUCGAUCCGUUGCAAGAUCUAAAACUGUUUCGCACGGCCGAUUUGCUGAAACAGUUGCAUGCGCAAACACGAAACCAGCCAAAUACUGCACCCAGAAACUUUUUUGGUCUUAUCCCGAGCGAUUAUUGCUGUUUGCUUUGUCAGUACGAAGCGGUGUUUGGUUGCAAACCGAUUCAACUAUUAAAGUUGGUGGAUAAAGGGAGCCGCAAUUCACGUAAAUAG